CUCCCCCCGACUCACUCCUCACACACAAAUACACACCAUGCGCUCACCUCAAUUCAGCCUGCUCGCUGCAGCGCUCAUGGCAGCCGCACCAGCUGCCAUGGCCGCUCCUCGGCCAGCCACACCUCCACCUUUCGUACCUGGUGCCUCCCUCUCCAGCUACUCCGUCGACGAGGUCGCCCCUUUGCGCACUCAGGGCACCCACCCCGUCAUCGAGGGGUCCUACAUGAUCAUGCUCAAGGGUGGUCUUAGCGCAACUCAGUUCCUUGCUCACCAGCAACUCAUCAGCACCGCCCAGCUCAGCGCAUCCGCAUUCCACGGAGCCUCUGCUGAGGGAGCCGAUGGAAUCGGUCACAUCUACGAACUCGACGAGAGCCUCCAGGGAUACGCCGGCAAGUUCACACCGGAUGUCAUCGACUACAUCCGUGCUCUGCCCGAAGUAGAGUAUGUCGAGCUCGACUCAGUCGUCAAGACUACGGAGAUGCCCUAUGACGGUUCCAUGGUCUGGGACGUCCCUUACGACGUCUCCAUUGACGAGGCCGUCUCUGCCCAGAGCGCUCACAGCCAGAACCUCGAGAAGGGAGCCCCUUGGGGUCUCUCUCGAGUUUCGCACCGAAAGCAGCUCGGCCUUGGCACAUUCUCCAAGUAUCUGUACGACUCACACGCCGGCGAGGGAGUGGUAGCAUACAUCAUCGACACCGGUAUCAACAUCAACCAUGUAGAGUUCGAGGGCCGAGCCUCUUGGGGUAAGACCAUGCCCGCCGGCUCCACCGACAGGGACGGCAACGGACACGGCACUCACUGCACCGGAACCGUCAUCUCCAACAAGUACGGUGUGGCCAAGAAGGCUGAGGCCGUCGCCGUCAAGGUCCUGUCCGACUCUGGCUCCGGCUCCAUGUCCGAUGUCACCGGCGGUGUCCUGUGGGCCGUCGCCGACGCCAAGAAGCGCUCCGCUGAGUUCGCCCUCGCUCCCUCUAGCACAAAGGCAAAGAAGCACAAGGGAUUCGUAGCCAACAUGUCCCUCGGUGGUGGAAAGUCGCCUACCCUUGACCGUGCCGUUGACGGUGCUACCAAGUCUGGACUUGCCUUUGCCGUCGCUGCCGGAAACGAGAACCAAGACGCUUGCAACACCUCGCCCGCCUCUGCCCCUGGCCCCGUCACCGUCGGAGCUUCGACCAUCCAGGAUGACCGUGCCUACUUCUCCAACAAGGGCAAGUGCGUCGACGUCUUUGGCCCCGGACUGAACAUCCUCUCCACCUGGAACACUGGCAACACCAGCACCAACACCAUCUCCGGUACCUCGAUGGCCUCUCCUCACGUGUGCGGUAUCCUGGCCUACUACCUCAGCUUGACCGACACCUCGUCGUCAUCUGCGAGCAGCCUCUCCUUCAUGACUUCCAAGGUCUCUCCUCUCCUCGCUUCGCUGCCUCUGCCCGACUCGAUGGCCCUGAUGGCCUUCAAGGCUACCCAGUGGCUCUUUGGCGCCGAGGAGGGUGCCGACACCUUUGCCAAGUUCGCAGACGGACCCAUCCUGAACGCCCUCUCCCCCGAUGACCUCAAGAUCCUCAUUGAGAAGGUGGCCACAAAGGGCGCUCUCCACUCGCUUGACAAGGACACGGUCAACUUGCUCGUAUUCAACAAUGCAACCGAGUCGACCAAGUAGAGUGAAUAGAAUGAGAUGGGCAUUAAUGGGGCAGAAAGGAGGGGGAGCGCAGCUCACUUCGUUGUUUGAGCGCCUCCGGAGAUAGGGUGUCAUCUUGCUUCUUCUCACUCUAGAUUCUUUGCUUGAGCCCUCUAUUCCCUUCCUCUCCCUCUCGUCUCCUCUACUCACUCACUCACUCGCUCACUCACUCAGCACAUUGUCCCACCACAAGCCACCCGACUCCAACUUGUAUCCUCAAUCUUGUUCCCUCCAUCUCUCCCUCUCUAGCUCUGUCCGACCCGAUCAUCAAUUGUUGUGCAGCUCGAAUCUCAAAGAGAUUAGCCCAAGUUCAAGUCGAAGAUCAAGAUCAAGAUCAAGAUUAAGAUCAGAUCAGAAGAAAGUGAAAUCAAUAGUAUAGG